GUCUGGUGGAGGGGUCCUCCACACCGACGGCGUAGAGGAAGGCAGUAGUGAGGGGUAGGACCGGAGGGGGAGGGCGUGGGGGCGGCGGCCGCCGCUACCGCCGCCUGAACCGAAGACCUCCCCACCGAUUUCCCCGCCUGGCGACGUGCCGUCGCAGCUCUCCAUCAGCUGCCAUGAGCGAACGCCUCCGCCCCAGGAAAAGGAGAAGGAAUGGGAACGAAGAAGACAGUCAUCUCCCCCAGACCAAACGAAGUAGCAGAAACCCUGUCUUUCAAGACUCCUGGGAUACAGAGACAGCACCCGUAACGAAAAACAGUAAAGAAAACAGACUAAGAGGAAACAAAGUGUUCUGUGCGUCUUCAAGCAGUGACAGUGGUGGUAGCAGCAGCAGCAGUAGUACCAGCAGCAGCAUCAAUAGCCCAGACAGGGGAAGUGUUCAAGAAAGCAGCUUAAACCAGAUAAUUACCGGAUCCAGCCCUAAUACCCCUCAGACCUUACAGGAGCAGUCUGCACUAUGCCAAGGCCCUUACUUCCACAUCAACCAGAUUCUGAAGGAGGCACACUUUUAUAGCCUACAGCACCGAGGACGACCUCCUACAUGAUGAACUAGCAGUUCCUUGCCUUCUGUGAAGGGACAGCACUGUGCAGAUUUGAUAUUUCAACUUAAAAAGUUUGUUAAAAAAUUGCACAAAAUAUGCCUGUUGACUUUUCAGUCUAUAUUUGAAAUAACAGGUUAGCAGGCAUUGUUUACUUGUGGUUUUGCUGCACUAUUGCAAUUUCAGAGGGGCUUUGAAGCCAUUUUUAUGGGAUUCUUUUCAGGGUGGGUGUCAUCUCAGUGAAGGUGACAGUAGGAGGAAACCACAUCUGCAUGUUAAGAGUCCAUACUGGCUCCAUUUCAAAUUUGGAAACCAAUUGGAGACUAACUGCUUUGUGCAAGGAGUCCUUUUAAAACAUGGGGUCCUCAAAUUUUAAAGAUUUUUUAAAAAAAUUCGGUAAACUAGUAAAGACUAGUUUGCAUGAAAAACAUUAGUUUUCUUUCCCAAAGUAUAAAAGAGCUUGCUUCUGUCUGGGACUGAAGCUGGCUACCAUACUACCUCUCAGUAUGCAGAUGUCCUAUUGAAAUUAAUUUCCCCUGUUACAGGGGGAGAAAAAUUAGACCACGCUUAUUAGAUUAGACUUUGUAAGAUGGAAACACCCUCCCUACAACCUGUCUUCUCUUCCCUAUGUAAAGUGUUUGCAUUCCAAGGAGAUUGUCUUUUAGAUACUUCCUUGAACCCUAAUUAUUUCUAUGAUAUCAUUAAUCCUCCAAAGGCUAGAUUUCAAGCUUCUUAGCAAACACUGCACAGUUUUGAAAGACAA